UUAGUGUCACUUGGGCCAGCUCUCUAGCUACAAGCUGGUCCAUUCUCUCCAUGUGAUAGAGAGAUGGUCUCUCUCCAUAGGAUGCAGGGACCUGCUGCAGUCUGUCUCCAGGGACUGGUUAUCCUGCUCUGCAUACAGAGAACCUCUUCCCAAGCUUGUGCAGCUGGAAAUUUUCGGUGUACAAACGGGCGCUGUAUUCCAGAGAGCUGGAAAUGUGAUGGCACAGGAGACUGCUCAGACAACUCCGAUGAAGCUGGAUGUCAUAUCACAUGUUCAGCGUCAGAAUUUAAAUGCACUGAUGGAGAAUGCAUUUCUAGUUCCUGGCAAUGUGAUAAUGAGGAAGACUGUGAAGAUGGCUCGGAUGAAACGCACUGCACUGGUAGAACAUGUUCCAGCCAGCAGUUUACAUGUACGAAUGGACUGUGUAUCCCUCUGGCAUACAGGUGCGACAGGACAAAGGAUUGUUUAGAUGGAGCUGACGAGAUAAACUGCAAUUACCCUGUAUGCAGUCAGCUUACUUGUGCCAGUGGAGCUUGUUAUAACACAAGUCAGAAGUGUGAUGGGAAGGUAGAUUGUCGUGAUGCCACAGAUGAAGCCAACUGCACACGGAAAUGUCUCAACAGCCAGUUCCAGUGUCCGAAUGGAGAAUGCAUCCCUCGAGCCUUCCUUUGUGAUCAUGACGAUGACUGUGGGGAUGGCAGUGAUGAAAGAAACUGCACAUAUCCGUCGUGUGGUGGGAAUUUUUUUACCUGUCCUAGUGGACGAUGCAUACACCAGAGCUGGCUAUGCGAUGAGGAUGAUGACUGUGAUGACAACGCUGAUGAAACGGGAUGUGAAAGUGAUCACAGAGAAUGUGCCCCUGGGGAGUGGGCAUGCCCUUCUUCCGGGCAGUGCAUUCCAAUAGAGAAAGUCUGUGAUGGCACUGCCCAGUGCCGCUUUGGGGAUGAUGAGACCAAUAAAACCGCGGGGCGAAACUGCAGUACCAGUAACUGUAAUGCUCUGAGCUGCCCACAUCGCUGCCAUGCUUCACCAUCUGGAGGAUUUUGUUAUUGCCCUGCAGGAUAUGUAAUCAGCACUAAUGACAGUCGAACAUGUGUAGAUUAUAAUGACUGCAAAACCUGGGGAAUUUGUGAUCAGAAUUGCGAAGACCGCAUAGGCAGUUACCAUUGCAGCUGUGCACAUGGAUUUGUUCUGGAGCAUCACAGACACUGCAGAGCCACCGCAGCCCCCUCCAUUAUUUUCUCUAACGGACGUGAUCUACUAAUUGGUGACAUACACGGAAACAGUUAUGAAACGUUGGUCCGAUCUCAGAAUCGUGGAAUUGCAGUUGGAGUUGAUUUUCACUUUAAAAGUAAUCGAGUCUUCUGGACAGAUACUGUACAAGAUAAGGUCUUUUCUGCUAAUUUAAAUGGAACAAAUGUUCGUCAGAUUUUAAAUGUCUCAGUCGACACACCAGAAAACCUAGCUGUGGACUGGAUUAAUGACAAGCUUUACAUUGUCGAAACCAGUGUUAAUAGAAUUGAUAUGGUUGAUUUGGAUGGAGGUAACCGAGCAACUCUAAUAGCCGAAAAUCUGGGCAGCCCAAGAGGAAUUGCACUUGAUCCAACUGUUGGUUAUCUAUUCUUCUCUGACUGGGAUAGUGUUUCCGGAGAUCCCAAAUUGGAAAGAGCAUUCAUGGAUGGCACCAAUCGACAUGAUGUCAUUAAAACUAAACUGGGGUGGCCAGCAGGAAUUACUCUUGAUAUUUUGGCCAAACGGCUGUACUGGGUUGAUAGUCGCUACGAUUACGUUGAGUGUGCAACCUACGAUGGUCUACAGAGGAAAACAAUAUUACAUGGUGGUGAUAUUAUUCCGCAUCCAUAUGGAAUAAGUGUCUUUGAGCAAUAUGUGUACUUCACUGAUUGGACCAAAUUGAGUGUGAUGAGGGCCAAUAAAUUUAGGGACGACAGUACAACAGCCGUUUUCCGAACCUCAUUAAGACCAUACGGUGUUACAGUAUUCCAUCCUCUCAGACAGCCAGCUGUAACGAACCCCUGUGGGAUCAAUAAUGGAGGCUGUCAACAGAUCUGUGUCCUCAGUCACCGAACAGACAAUGAUGGCCUAGGCUAUCGCUGCAGGUGCAAGCUGGGAUUUGAUUUACAUGAUGAUGGACGCCGCUGUGUUGUGGUACAGAAAUUUCUGCUUUUCUCCUCUCGGCUGGCAAUCCGCGGAAUACCAUUUAACAUUUCAACGCAGGAAGAUGUCAUCAUUCCAAUUACCGGAGUCCCCUCUCAUUUUGUUGGAAUAGAUUUUGAUGCUCAGGAUAACAGCAUUUAUUAUUCAGACACAGUCAAAGACAUGAUCUACAAGCAGAAAAUAGACGGAACAGGCAAAGAGCUUCUCACCGCAAAUAGAGUGGAAGGGGUUGAAGACCUUGCCUUUGACUGGAUUUCAAAGAACCUGUACUGGACCGACCCAAGAUAUAGAAGCAUCAGUGUGAUGAGAUUGGCCGAUAAGUCAAGAAGAGCCAUUGUUCAAAAUUUAAACAACCCUCGCUCCAUUGUGGUACAUCCAAUACUUGGAUUUAUAUUUUGGACUGACUGGUACAGGCCAGCUAAAGUAAUGAGGGCUUGGUGUGAUGGGACGAAUGCACAACCGAUCGUCAACACAACUCUUGGAUGGCCAAACGGUUUGGCAAUGGAUUGGAGCUCGUUGCGACUCUACUGGGUCGAUGCUUUGUUUGAUAAAGUUGAGCAUAGUAGGUUUGAUGGCUCGGACAGACAAACUCUUAAUCGAAUAACCCAAAUGACCCAUCCUUUUGGUCUUACAAUUUUUGGAGGUUACGCGUAUAUUACUGAUUGGAGACUUAAUGCCAUUGUGCGGGUGAGAAAAUAUGAUGGUGGAGAAAUGACCAUUAUUCGUAGAGGAAUAAGCGGCAUCAUGCAUGUAAAGUCAUUUGAUGCUGGUUCCCAGACUGGGUCAAAUUACUGCAACAAGCCAGAAAACCCCAAUGGUGAUUGCAGCCAUUUCUGUUUUCCACUGCCUAACUCACUUAAGAUUUGUGGCUGUCCUUAUGGGAUGAAACUACUUUCUGAUCAUCGGAACUGUGUGGAGGACCCAUCGAGUGAGCCCCCAACGAUGCAGUGUGGCUAUUAUUCAUUCUCCUGUGCAAACGGUAGAUGUGUGCCUAGCUAUUCUCGAUGCGAUGGUGUCGAUGACUGCCAUGAUAACAGUGAUGAACAAAAUUGUGGAUCACAGAAUAAUACGUGUUCUUCACGAGCCUUUACAUGCCGCAGCGGGCAAUGCAUCCCACAAAACUGGCGCUGCGAUAACCACAAUGACUGCCUUGAUGGAAGUGAUGAACAAAAUUGUCCGACGAGAGGACCAAGUUCCUGUCCUUCAAGUUCAUUUACCUGCAGCAACAACAACUGCAUUCCUCGCUCAUGGAUAUGUGAUACCGAUAAUGAUUGCCACGAUGGAUCAGAUGAACUAAACUGCAAUUCCACUGGAACAUGUGACCCUGGGCAGUUUCAGUGUCCAAAUCACCGUUGCAUUGACCCAGCUUAUGUUUGUGAUGGAGACAGAGAUUGUGUUGACGGUUCAGACGAGAUAGACUGCAUAUUUAAUUGCACAGAAUCCGAAUUUUCAUGUGCAAGUGGCAAGCAGUGCAUUGGUAGCUAUUACCGAUGUGAUGGGGUUUUUGACUGCAAUGACCGUUCUGAUGAAGUCGACUGCCCAACAAGACCUGCUGGAAUGUGUCAUCAAAAUGAGUUUCAAUGCCAGUCAGAUGGGGCCUGUAUUCCUGCAAGUUGGGAGUGCGAUGGACAUCCAGACUGUAUUGACGGCUCAGAUGAACAUCACAGCUGCCCCGUUAGAACAUGUCAUCCUUCCUUAUUCCGAUGUGAUAAUGGAAACUGCAUCUACCAGUCUUGGGUCUGCGAUAAUGACAAUGACUGCCGAGAUAUGAGUGAUGAGAGGGAUUGUCCUACUCCACCAUUCAGGUGCCCAAGUUGGCAGUGGCAAUGUCCAGGCAGCACCACAUGUAUAAAUAUCAGCAAAGUAUGUGAUUCUGCACCAGACUGCCCAAAUGGGGAAGAUGAGUCACCUCUUUGCAAUCAGGAAUCCUGUAUUGACAAUAAUGCUGGUUGCACCCAUUCGUGCAUUCAAGGACCAUUCGGAGCUCAGUGCACAUGUCCAAUGGGAUAUCAGCUCUUAAAUGAUUCUAAAACAUGUGAAGAUAUUAAUGAGUGCCUCACUCCAGGUUUUUGCAGCCAAGCGUGUUACAACGAGAGGGGAUCUUUCAGAUGUAACUGCGAUGAAGGAUACAUUUUAGAAUCUGACGGAAGAAGUUGCAAAGCGGAGUUAGGAAAUCUUCUGUUGUUGGUGGCAAGUCGUAAUCAGAUAGUAGCAGACAACAUCACUUCUCAUGCUCAUAAUAUUUAUUCUCUGCUCCGAGAUGGAAGAAACAUAGUUGCCAUAGAUUUUGAUUCUGCUACCAACCGCAUUUAUUGGUCAGACACGACACAAGAUAAAAUUUGGAGUGCAUAUGUUAAUGGAACAGACAGGCAAAUAAUAUUUGACAGUGGUGUGACUGUAACAGAAAGCAUUGCUGUAGAUUGGGUGGGAAGAAAUCUUUAUUGGACUGAUCAUAUUUUGGAAACAAUUGAGGUUUCUAAGCUUGAUGGGACCCAUCGGACUGUGCUGAUUAGUGCAAAUGUGAGCAAUCCAAGAGGACUAGUACUGGAUCCCCGAACAGAUGCCCGUUUGAUGUUUUGGACGGAUUGGGGUAGAAACCCUCGCAUUGAAAGAGCUGGUAUGGAUGGAACAUUGAGAACAGUAAUCGUUUCAGAAAAGAUCUACUGGCCAAAUGGCCUUACCAUUGACUAUCCCAGCAAGCGUCUCUAUUUUGCCGAUGCCUACCUGGAUUAUAUUGAUUAUUGUGACUAUGAUGGAAAUAAUAGAAGGCAAGCGAUGGCCAGUGACUUGGUCCUUCAACAUCCGCAUGCAAUUGCCAUUUUUGAAGACUACAUAUAUUGGAGUGAUCGAUACACACAUCGGGUAAUUCGUGCAAAUAAAUGGCAUGGCGGGAACCAAACUGUGAUGAUCUAUAACAUUAACCAACCAAUGGGAAUUUCAGCCGUCCAUCCAGUUAAACAGCCUGGAGGUGUCAAUCCAUGUGCAUCAAAUCCUUGCACACACUUGUGUUUGCUCUCACCAAGUGGGCCAAAGUUUUAUUCCUGCGCAUGCCCUUCCGGAUGGACAUUGAGUUCUGAUUUGAUGAACUGCCAAAGAGAUUCCAAGCCUUUCCUGAUUGCAAUAAAAGAUAACAUCAUUUAUGGGCUAUCCCUUAACCCAGAAGAAAAAACCAACAAUGCUAUGGUACCUAUAACAGGUAUACAGAAUGGAUAUGAUGUCGAUUUUGAUGAUUCUGAAGAAAUGCUCUAUUGGAUUGAAAAUCCUGGGGAAAUUCACCGCGUCAAGUCAGAUGGGACUAACAGAACAGUGUUUGCCCCAGCGGCUAUUAUAGGGUCACCCAUGGGUUUGGCGCUUGACUGGAUCACUGGGAAUCUUUACUACACAAACCCCACAACUCAAUCCAUUGAGGUUAUAAAAAAAAGCGAUGUUAGAUAUAGAAAAACUCUCAUUACAAAUGACGGAAAACAAACUGGAUCUGGAAGACCAGUCGGCAUUGCAGUCGACCCAGCAAACGGAAAAAUGUACUGGACAGACCAGGGGACAGAACGUGGAGUACCUGCAAAGAUUGCCAGCGCGGACAUGGACGGCAGCAAUCCAGCUAUCUUAUUCACCAACAAUCUGGAACACGUUGAGUUUAUCACGAUUGACUUUACGGACCGGAAACUCUAUUGGGCUGUUACCGGAACUGGAGUGAUUGAAAGAGGAAAUUUUGACGGUACAAACCGUGUCACCGUGGUUCACCAUCUCUCCCACCCCUGGGGAAUAGCUGUUCAUGAAAACUUCCUUUAUUACACUGACCGUGAUUAUGAAGUUAUUGAAAGAGUUGAUAAGUACGAUCCUGCAAAGAAAGCUGUGAUGAGAGACAACGUUCCUGGACUGAAGUGCCUCCGUGUCCACUACAGAGACCCAUCUGCUGGUUCUUCCAAUGGCUGCAUCAAUAAUCCAAAUGCUUGCCAGCAGUUCUGUUUGCCAAAGCCCGGAGGACAGUUUUCAUGUGCCUGUGCUACUGGCUUCAAUUUGAGUGCCGAUAACAGAACCUGCUCGUUGUAUGAUUCCUUUAUAGUUGUCGCUAUGUUGUCAGCUAUCAAAGGCAUCAGUCUUUCAGAUCACUCUGAAGCUAUGGUGCCAGUGGCCGGACGAGGCCGCAAUGUUCUCCAUGUCGAUGUCCACAUGCCUUCCGGUUUCAUUUAUUGGUGUGAUUUCAGCAGUGGUCAAGGGUCUUACAAUGGGAUCAGACGCAUAAAACCUGAUGGGUCAUCAUUUCGAAAUAUUGUCACCGGUGGGAUAGGUCGCAAUGGAAUUCGUGGAAUUGCUGUUGACUGGGUGGCAGGAAAUCUCUACUUUACAAAUGCUUUCCUCACUGAGUCCUUUGUAGAGGUGUUACGGCUUAACACUUCAUACCGACGUGUUUUAAUGAAAACCACAGUGGACAUGCCAAGACAUAUUGUGGUUGAUCCCAAGAAUAGAUAUCUCUUUUGGGCAGAUUAUGGACAAACUCCUAAAAUUGAACGUGCCUUACUUGAUUGUAGCAACAGGACAGUCCUUGUGUCUGAGGGAAUUGUAACACCUCGGGGUUUAGCUGUGGACCACAGCAGUGGGAACAUUUAUUGGGUUGAUGAGUCUUUGGACCUCAUUGCCAGAAUACGGCCAGAAGGUGGGGAAGUGGAAACUAUACGUUCUGGCACACGCAUUCCGACUCCUUUUGGGAUUACUGUAUUCGAAAACUCUAUCAUUUGGGUGGAUAGAAAUCUGAAAAAAAUACUCCAGGCCAGUAAAGAGCCUAAUAACAAUGAACAACCCACCGUUAUCAGAGACAGUCUUAACCUUCUAAGAGAUGUUACAGUGUACGACAAGCGUUUUCAGCCAGUCUCACCACAAGAAGUGAACAAUAACCCAUGCUUGACCAACAAUGGAGGUUGCUCACAUUUUUGCUUUGCCUUGCCAGGUUCGCAGACACCAAAAUGUGGAUGUGCCUAUGGCACCUUAGCAGGUGAUGGCACUCGAUGUGUAAUUUCUACAGAUGACUACAUCAUCUUUGCAAUGGAAAGUUCUAUUAAUAGUCGAUCACUAGAUCCUGAGAAUCACAGCCCUCCGUUUCCGGCAGUAAAUGUGGCCAGGACAUCCGUGGCUCUCGAUUAUGACAGUUUAGAUAACAGAAUCUACUACACACAGACACUUGGAGCUGGGAGAGGUCGGAUCAGUCAUUUCAGCAUGACCUCAAGACUCACCCCGCACACCAUUGUGACUUCAGAUUUAGGAGCUCCCGAUGGUAUAGCCUUUGAUUGGAUACACAAACGAGUCUAUUUCAGUGACUAUCUAAAUCAAACCAUAAGUUCAAUGGCAGUGAACGGAUCUGAUCGGACUGUGAUUGCUCGUGCCCACCGACCUCGUGCUAUCGUCCUGGAUCCAUGCAGAGGAUAUAUGUAUUGGACUGAUUGGGGUACAAUUCCAAAGAUAGAACGAGCUACACUUGGGGGUAAUUUCCGAACGGUGAUUGUAAACACUAGCCUGGUGUGGCCCAAUGGACUUACCAUUGACUACGAGGAACAACGAAUUUAUUGGGCUGAUGCCAGAUUACAAAAGAUUGAACGCUGCUUUUUAACCGGAGCGAAUCGUGAAGUGGUAGUAAGCACAGCUAUACACCCAUUUGCAAUGACACUGUAUGAUCAACAUAUUUAUUGGACUGACUGGAACACCAGAAGUAUUUAUCGAGCCAACAAACAUGAUGGGUCAGAUCAGAUCAUUAUGAUCCAGAACCUUCCACAACGUCCUAUGGAUAUCCAUAUACUGUCCAAUAAAAAGCAGGAACAGUGUGCCAGCCCAUGUGAACAGUUCAAUGGCGGUUGUAGUCACAUAUGUGCACCAGGCCCUAAUGGAGCAGAAUGUCAGUGCCCUUCAACAGGAAGCUGGUAUUUGGCAAACAACAACAAAGACUGUAUCAUAGACAAUGGCACCAGGUGUGAAAGCGGGCAGUUUACUUGUUUAAAUGGACGCUGUAUACCUGAACGAUGGAAAUGUGACAAUGACAAUGACUGCCGGGAUGGUAGUGAUGAACUGGAACGCAUUUGCGCUUUCCAUACAUGCUCCCCAACUGCAUUCACUUGCGGCAAUGGUCGAUGUGUGCCUUAUCAUUAUCGAUGUGAUCACUACAAUGACUGUCAAGAUAACAGCGACGAGGCAGGCUGUUUAUUCCGGACUUGUGACCCAAACACAGAGUUUUCUUGCAACAACGGAAGGUGUAUUGCUCGUUCCAAUGUCUGUAAUGGGAUAAACAACUGCCGUGACAAUGGCACCAGUGACGAGAGAAAUUGCCCUGAUCGCACGUGUCAGUCAGGAUAUACUAAAUGUCAGAGCACUAACAUUUGCAUUCCUCGAAUUUAUCUUUGCGAUGGGGAUAAUGACUGUGGAGAUAUGAGCGAUGAAAGUCCAACUCACUGCGUCUCUCAGACGUGCAUGGUAAACGAGUUCCGAUGUGGCACCGGCCGCUGUAUUCCUGGACAUUGGUAUUGUGAUGAGGGAACUGACUGUCCCGAUGGAUCAGAUGAACCUUCAUCAUGUGCGAGUUACGUGCGGACUUGUUCAAGUGACCAGUUCAGAUGUGAUGAUGCUCGUUGCAUCCCUAGGGCAUGGGUUUGUGACGGUGAUAAUGACUGUGGAGAUAUGAGUGAUGAGGAUCAAAGACACAAUUGUGCCAACCGCAGCUGUAGUCCAACGGAGUUCACCUGUAUAAAUAAUAGACCUCCAGACAGGAGAUGCAUUCCUCAAUCUUGGGUUUGUGAUGGGGAUUCAGAUUGUUCUGAUGCCUACGACGAACAUCAAAACUGCACCAGGGCAUCCUGCACAGCCAAUGAGUUCACGUGUGACAAUGGACUCUGUAUACGGAGUCAUUUCAAGUGCGACAGACGCAACGACUGUGGAGAUAACAGCGAUGAAAGAGGAUGCACGUACCCUCCCUGCACACAGCAACAGUUCACUUGUCAGAACGGACGUUGUAUUCCUCAGAUGUAUGUCUGUGAUGGAGACAAUGAUUGUGAAGAUGAAUCCGAUGAGUUGGAAUAUAAGUGCAGUACUCCAGAAGCAACUUGUGCUCCGAACUACUUUAAAUGUGACAACGGGCAUUGUAUUGAAGCGGCCAAGGUCUGCAACAGAAUCGAUGAAUGUUCUGAUAACAGUGAUGAAAAAGGAUGUGGUAUAAAUGAAUGCAAUGAUCGUACAAUCAGUGGAUGUGACCAUAAUUGUACAGACACACAAACAAGUUUCUUCUGUUCUUGUCGACCUGGGUACCGGCUCAUGUCUGAUAAACGGACUUGUGAUGAUAUAGAUGAAUGCGUUGAAUCUCCGUCAUUAUGCAGUCAAUUAUGCGAGAAUACUGCUGGUUCCUACAUUUGCAAAUGUGCUCCAGGUUACAUACGAGAGCCAGAUGGUAAACGGUGCCGUCAAAACAGCAACAUUGAUCCUUAUCUUAUAUUCAGCAACCGAUAUUAUAUUAGAAACCUCACUGUGAGUGGCUUGUCUUACUCUCUUAUUUUGCAAGGACUAAGCAAUGUGGUUUCUUUGGACUUUGAUAGAGUCGACAAAAGAUUGUACUGGAUUGAUGUUGGAAGACAAGUUAUCGAGAGGAUGUUUCUUAAUGGAAGCAGCAAAGAAACUAUUAUUGAUCAUGAUCUACAUAGUGGAGAAGGUUUAGCUGUUGAUUGGGUUAGCAGAAAAUUAUACUGGGCGGAUUCUUACAAAGAUUGCAUUACUGUUUCUGAACUUGAUGGAAGAUUUCGGAAAAAGCUUGUUGACCGCUGUGUGGAUGUUAAUAACACGUACUGCUUUCAACAUCCCAGAGCUAUUGUACUUCAUCCCAAAAAAGGAUAUGUGUAUUGGACAGACUGGGGAGACAAUCCAUAUGUUGGCAGGGUCGGAAUGGAUGGCAAGAACAAAACGGCUAUCAUCACCACUAAGAUAGAAUGGCCGAAUGGAAUCACCAUUGAUUAUACCAACGACAAGCUCUACUGGGCUGAUGCCCAUCUAAACUACAUUGAGUAUUCAGACUUGGAAGGACGGCAUCGGCAUACUGUGUACAGUGGUAAUCUGCCCCAUCCUUAUGCAAUUACUGUGUUUGAAGAUUACGUGUAUUGGACUGACUGGAAUACAAGGACAGUGGAAAAAGGGAACAAAUAUGAUGGAUCUGGAAGAACCAUGCUUGUGAAUACAACACACAGACCUUUUGACAUCCACGUCUACCACCCAUACAGACAGCCUAUUAUAAAUAAUCCAUGUGGAAGAAAUAACGGUGGCUGUUCCCACCUGUGCCUCAUCAAAGAAGGAGGCCAGGGGUAUACCUGUGAAUGUCCAGAUCAUUUCCUGGCCAUGCAGAUUGGCAGUACAGUGCGCUGUCUCCCAGAAUGCUCCAGUACCCAGUUUCUGUGUGCAGACAAUGAAAGAUGUAUCCCUAUAUGGUGGAAAUGUGAUGGACACAGAGAUUGCAGAGACGGCUCAGACGAGUCUUCGAUUUGCCCGCAUCGGUACUGCCCCGUCGGCCAAUUCCAGUGCAAUGAUGGAAAUUGCACAAGUCCAUUUUUCCUUUGUAACAGCAUACAGAACUGUCCUGAUGGUUCAGAUGAAGAUACAGCCCUCUGCAUGAACCAUCAGUGUGAUGUCCAUCAGUGGCAGUGCGCCAACAAACGUUGCAUCCCGGAGUCUUGGCAGUGUGAUACAGACAAUGACUGUGGAGAUAACUCUGAUGAAGAUAGUACACAUUGUGCAACUAGAACUUGCAAUCCCGGGCAAUUCAAAUGCAAUAACGGGCGCUGUAUCCCACAGAGCUGGAAAUGUGAUGUAGAUAACGAUUGUGGCGAUAACUCCGAUGAACCCAUGUCAGAGUGCAUGGGGCCUGCGUAUCGCUGUGACAAUCACACUGAUUUCGACUGUAAAACAAACUAUCGCUGCAUCCCACUCCACGCUGUGUGCAAUGGUCAAGAUGAUUGCCGAGACAACUCUGAUGAGGAAAACUGUGAGCAAAGGACUUGUGAUCCGCUGGGGGAUUUUCGCUGUGACAACCAUCGCUGCAUUCCUCUACGCUGGAAAUGUGAUGGGGACAAUGACUGUGAAGAUCACUCUGAUGAACGCAACUGUAGUCCGCGGGAAUGCACAGAAAGUGAGUACCGAUGUGAUAAUCGAAAUUGCAUCCCCAGCCGCUGGGUCUGUGAUCAUGACAACGACUGUGGAGACAACUCUGAUGAAAGAGAUUGUGAACUAAGGACAUGCCACCCAGGUUAUUACCAGUGUAAGAGUGGGCACUGUAUCGCUGAAAGAUUUAUGUGUGACGGAACUGCAGACUGCCUAGACUACUCCGAUGAAUCAAAUUGCCCCACUCGCUAUCCAAAUGGAACAUACUGUCCGCCAUUUAUGUUCGAAUGCAAAAAUCAUAUCUGCAUCUUGCCGUAUUGGAAAUGUGAUGGUGAUAAUGACUGUGGAGAUGAAUCUGAUGAAGAUCUUAACCUGUGCUUGGACAUUCCAUGCGAUGCCCCAUUUCGCUUCAGAUGUGAAAACAACAGAUGCAUCUACAGAUAUGAGCUAUGCAAUGGUGUGGAUGAUUGUGGGGAUGAUAGUGAUGAGAAACCAGAAUCUUGUACUGUAACACCAACUCAAAGGCCCUGCGAUGGCAGCACCGAAUUCAAAUGCACCAAUGGGCAUUGCGUUAUGCUGCAGUAUGCCUGUGAUAAUUAUGAUGACUGUGGCGAUAGAUCAGAUGAGAUUGGCUGCUACAUGGGCACCCAUCGAAAUUGUUCAGAAAAUAUCUGUGAACACAACUGCACCAAUUUAAGUGGAGGCGGGUUUAUAUGUGCUUGUCGUUCAGGAUACAAGGCUAGUGACACUGACCGGAAUUCGUGUGUUGAUGUAAACGAGUGCGAGAUAUACAGGAUGUGCCCGCAGAACUGCAUGAAUUCUAAAGGAAGCUAUGAGUGUUUCUGUGCUGCAGGAUUCCGAUCUGUUGGAGACGAGGAAGGAAAGCAAUGUGCUGCUGAGGGUAAUCCUCCUUUACUGCUGCUCCCAGACAAUGUACGCAUAAGAAGAUAUAGCCUCUCGUCUGAGCAAUACUCUGAAUAUAUCGAGAAUCAACAACACAUUCAAGCCUUAGACUAUGACUGGGACCCUGAAAACCAAAGUCUUAGUAUGGUAUACUACAGCAUUCGAGGGCAAGGCUCUGCAUUUGGCUCCAUUAGACGUGCUUACAUACCGACCUUUGAAGACUACGGGACUAAUUUAGUACAAGACUUUGAUCUUAACCUGCGAUACAUUAUUAACCCAGAUGGCAUAGCUGUGGACUGGGUUGGAAGGCAUAUUUAUUGGACUGAUGCUGGUGCAAAUCGAAUUGAAGUCGCCACGUUGGAUGGAAGAUACAGAAAGUGGCUCAUUUUUGGUAACAUUGACCAACCAGCAGCCAUUGUUGUCAAUCCAGCUCUCGGCUUUAUAUAUUGGACUGAUUGGGGAAGACAACCUAAAAUUGAAAGUGCUUGGAUGGAUGGGCAACAAAGACAAGUUCUAGUAUCUAAUUAUCUUGGGUGGCCAACAGGCCUUACCAUUGAUUACAUUAACAAUAACAGAAUAUAUUGGUGCGAUUCUAAAGAAAAUAUUAUUGAGUCAAUUAAGCCAGAUGGCACAGACAGACAAACUCUAGUUUCUGGAGUUGACCUAGGAAAUCCCUACAGCCUGGACGUGUUUGAAGGACAUGUGUUCUGGACCACAAAAGAAAAGGGGGAAGUUUGGAAGAUAGACAAAUUUGGCAAAGAAUCUAAAGUCAAAAUUCUGACAGUCAAUCCGUGGCUGACUCAAGUCCGCAUAUACCACGAACAUAGAUACAAUCGUUCAGUUACCAGUCGCUGCAAGGAUGUCUGUUCCCAUCUGUGUCUGCUGAGACCUGGAGGCUAUACAUGCGCCUGCCCCCAAGGUAGCAACUUCAUGGGGGGGAGCACUACCGAGUGUGAUGCAGCUGUUCAACUUCCUGUUUCGCUGCCAGAGGGAUGUAGAUGCAUGAAUGGAGGAAGCUGCUAUCAAGAUGAAAGCAAUAAUUAUAAAUGCACGUGCACAUCAGGUUAUUCUGGGAAAUUCUGUGAAACAAGAUCUGCGUUUCAUUUAUCUGCAGGAACAGCUACCGUUGUUGUCCUGCUAACCCUUAUUUUGAUCAUAAUCAUUUGUGCUUUGGCAAUGGGAGGAUUCUCUAACUACAGACGGACUGGCAAUCUCUUUCCACCUCUUCCAAAAUUCCCAAGCUUAAGCGGCUUAGUAAAGGCCACUGAAAAUGGCAACGGGGUAACAUUCCGGUCUGGAACGGAUGUCAGCAUGGAUAUUGGGGUACCUGGAUUUGGGGCAGAAUCCUCAAUAGACAGAGUAAUGCAGAUGAAUGAAACAUUUACUGUAGUGACCGAUAAAGAACCGAUCACCUAUGAAAAUCCAAUGUAUUCUAGUAGUGCAGAGGGUGGAGCCAGUGCAACUAUCCACCAACCACCAGAUUUAACUGAAUCAAGUAACGAGCACAAGCCUGAUAGUUUCGUAAACCCUGUUUAUGCAGUUAAUACAACAGAGACUACAGUGAACACAGAAGCACCACAACCAGAAACAAAGUGGAGCUUCUUCAAGAGGAAAAUUAAACAAAGUACAAACUUUGAAAAUCCAAUAUAUUCAGAAAUGGAGAAAGAUCAGCCGCAGGAGACUGUCGAAGAUCCUUCACCAUUCACGUCAUCGCUGUCCACACAAUUGCCACAGAAUAGUGAACAGUCUCAAAUUGCCUUUUCGCCAACAGAAGAUACGUUCAAAGACACUGCCAAUCUUGUCAAAAGAGAUUCAGAUGUAUAACUAAAUAUUCAACUUGGGAACACGUUCAUUUCAAAAACUUUCUUGCACAUAUUUUUAUAUUGGCAGAGAAGAUAAUGUUAACAGUCAUUUCUUUAUACAAAAAAAAAUAUAUAUAUAUAUUCUUAGGCUGUAGAGACUUUUUUUUGGGAACUUUGCCUUUUUUUUUCGACAAAUGCCAAUUGAUAUUUUAUGAAGAAUUAUCACAAUGUACUAUAUGUAUAUCUUUGCACUGAAACUGUCUGAAAAUAUUAUAAAUAUUGUGUAUAAUUGUAAAUUUGUUAAGAAAAGAUUAUGUUGUCAAUGAUAUGUGCAACUUUGGGAUAAUGAAAGAUAAUUGAAACAGUAAUUUUAAUAUGAAAGGAACACUAAUGGAUAAAAAAAACCUAAUUUAA